AUGCAGUCAAUCGCGCCUUCCCCGUCAAUAGUACCCAACGUAACCGAGCAAGCCCCUUCCCCCUCGCAGUUAGCCGCGCGUCAGGUAAUGCCUCGCGACUUACCGAUGUUCUCCGGUGAUCCCGCGGAGUGGCCUAUCUUCAUAACGCCGAGAUCUGACAAACUAGAGACGCUCAUCGAGUUUGGUCUGGCUGUGCAGAGUUUGUGUGACCAUCUUGUAGCAGCAGGACAGCAGCCUCAUCUGACGAAUCCCUACUUGUUGAUGGAGUUGGUGGACAAGCUACCUGCGCACGUGAAAAUGGAUUGGGCGAGUUACAUGCAGAGAUAUCCCGAGGUGAACCUGAAGACCUUCAGCAACUUCAUGGAGGGCAUCAUGGUCGCGGCGAGCAAAGUUACGCUGUACACGAGUAGUUGCACCGAAAAAACAAAACCCAAACCCAGGACAUCUAUCAACACCCAUUUCAACGAACAGGAAUGGCCAAAGGACGAUGAAAGGAUUUGCUGCAUCUGUAAAAAUCGUGGACAUCGCGUUCGGGAAUGUGAUGCUUUCAAAGCGCUAUCCAUCAAUGAUCGCUGGAAAACAGUGCAAUUUCAUGAACUAUGUAGAAGUUGUCUUUGUGCCCACGGCAAAAGAAGUUGCCGAAAUGCUGCUCAGUGCGGUAUCAAUGGGUGUACCUUUCGUCAUCAUCCCCUGCUCCAUUCAAACCGAAGCGAACCAGCUCCGCGUGAAGUAGAGACGCAGAACGUAGAAGCGGCGGGAAACCACACUCAUCGCCUGCUGAAUCAGUCACUACUGUUCCGAGUCAUUCCAGUGACGCUUUAUGGACCUCGAAAGGCAGUGACAACCUUUGCCUUCCUCGACGAUGGAUCACAGCUGACACUUAUCGACGAAGAACUUACUCGAGAACUUGGCGUUGAUGGUAGGAGUGUUCCGUUGUGCAUCACUUGGACCGGGAAUGUGUCCAGGAUGGAAGAAAAUUCGAAGCAGCUGCGGCUAGAUAUAUCUGGCGUGGAUAAGGGAAAACGUCUGAAUCUCGACGACGUGCGCACCGUGAAAAAACUGGCCCUGCCAGGCUAUGAGAACGCUUUGCCACGUCUACUCAUUGGAGUCAACAAUCUGCACUUAACCGUCCCGCUGAAAGUUAAGGAAGGAAGUUUCAAUGAGCCGGUAGCUACUAAGACGCGGCUCGGGUGGUGCAUCUAUGGAGGAAAUGGCUCCUCCACGUCAAAUUCAGUCAACGUCCAUGCUUGUGAGUGCAACUGUGAUCGCAAUCUUCAUGAUCUGAUAAAGGAUUAUUUUAUCUUGGAGGAUGCCGGUGCAACAUCGACGAGUGAACCAGUUUCGGCUGGAGAUAAAAGAGCACAGGAACUUCUGCAGCAAACCACGGUCCGAGUCGGCGAUAGGUUCGAAACCGGGUUAUUGUGGAGAGAAGAGGAAAUCGAGUUUCCCGAAAGCUACGGAGCUGCGGUGCGAAGAUUGGAGUGUUUGGAGAGACGCAUGAAGAAGAAUCCGUCUUUAAAAGAUAACCUGGAACGUCAAAUCAACGAAUAUCAACAGAAGGGUUAUGCUCACCGUGCCAGCGAAAAGGAGUUACGAUCGGCAGACUUAAGAAGGGUCUGGUAUCUUCCUCUCGGAGCCGUAGUCAAUCCAAAGAAGCCGGAAAAGGUGCGUCUCAUUUGGGACGCGGCUGCUACGGUGAAUGGGGUAUCCCUCAAUUCCCUUCUGCUUAAAGGUCCGGAUCAGCUGACUUCGUUGUUAGCGGUUUUGGUACGAUUCCGGCAAUAUUCGGUAGCAGUCUCAGCGGAUAUUAAGGAGAUGUUUCAUCAGGUUAGAAUCCGUGAAGCCGAUCGUCAAUCCCAGCGAUUCUUGUGGCGAAACGAACCAUCAAGCAGUCCAGAUAUUUUUAUCAUGGACGUUGCAACGUUUGGAUCAACGUGCUCACCGGCCUCUGCACAAUAUGUGAAGAACAGGAAUGCAACGGAAUACGCGGAAGAAUUUCCAAGAGCUGCAGAGGAAAUCAUUCACAACCAUUACGUGGAUGAUUAUUUGGCAAGCUUCGAGACGGAGGCGGAUGCAGCAGAAACUGCGGAACAAGUAAAGUUUAUUCACAUCCAAGGUGGUUUCGAACUUACGAACUGGAACUCCAACAGUACUAUAGUACUGCAUCGAGUAGGAGCAGCAGAAGAUAAUGACCGGAAGCAUCUGUUUCUGGACAAAGGCAAUCAGUUUGAACGUGUUCUCGGAAUGCUGUGGUUAGUUGGCGAGGAUCAGCUUAGCUUCUGUACACAACUUAAAGAAGACGUACAGGAAAUCAUUGCGGGAAAUAUCGUACCCACGAAACGGCAGGUUCUACGUUGCCUAAUGAGCUUCUUCGAUCCUUUGGGCCUGUUGAGUUUCCUAUUCGUCCACGGCAAAAUUUUGCUGCAGGAUGUAUGGCGUGCCGGAAUACAAUGGGAUCAAACAAUCAGCAAUGAACAAUUCCCCGAUGUUAUUUCAUGA